AUGCCCAUCCAAGUCGGAUUGUAUCGAAUCAAGAACCAUGCAUCAUGGACCGUCCUUGACGAGAGCACCGACGGCAGUCGAGUGGUUCAUGGUUGGGAGCAAACUGACCAACCGAACCAGCAGUGGAACGUCCAAACUGCCGAAGGCGGUGCCUAUACUAUCCAGAAUAUCAAGUCAAAAUCAUACCUACACGCCAACGGACCUUACGAUGGCAGUAACCUCGUCGGAUAUGACACCAUCUCUACCUGGUAUCUCGACCAAAAACCAUCAGGCGAGGUCUAUAUCAUCUUCCCCGGCAGCAACCGCGUUGUUGAUCUUGAUAACGGAAACAAGGCCAAUGAAACGACGAUUCAUCUGUGGGAAAGGAACGACACUGCCCUGCAACAACAGUGGUACUUCGAAAAGAUCUAG